CCCCAACUCCUCGCGGUGUGAGGACCAAAGUCGCAGCCCCCCGACCACGACCCCGCAACCACUAAGAGCUUCCGUGGACUGUGUAGCCCCUCGUCGCAUCGCCGCGUGACGCGUCGCCCCCUCGUCGCCCACGCUGCCCCUCCCAUCAUUUACUCCGCUGCGCCCCGCCCUGCCGCAAGGUGCCGACGCGUGGCUAUGGCACUUUAAAGAAAGAGCCGGUAAUGGUGUUGUGGUGUUCACUUUCGGGUCGCCCCAACUCGCUUUUAAAAGUCGGCCCUCUGUUGGAAAAACCGCUCUCACUCUUGGUCUUGUUUUGCAGUUUACAUCAUCCUGGGUGGCCAGGAUGACCACAUUGGCCUCCUCACCGCCAUGGAGGAGCUGCAUUUAUUCGACAACGGCGAGUACUGGGUGCUCGGCGUGGACGCGGAGGAGUACUCGGCCGAGCACGCCGCCGGCUACCUGCGCGGGCUGCUGCGCGACGCCCCCGACCCCGCGGCCGAGCGCGCCUUCCGCCACUACCUGGGAGUGCGGCCGUCGGCGCCGCCCCCGCAGUACAAGCAGUUCCAGGCGCGCGUGUCGGCGCUGGGGGCGGCGCCGCCCCCGCCGGGACAGGGCCGCGCCGCGGGGGCGGCGGCGGCCAGCAAGCUCAACAAGCUGCGAACGGUGCGGCCCGAGGCGGCCUACCUCUACGACGCCGUGGUGCUGUACGCGCGCGCCGCCCUGGCCGAGCUGGACGCCGGCGGCGACCCUCGCAACGGCACGGCCAUCGUGGGCCGCCUGCGCAGCGCGCGCUACCGCAGCGCCAUGGGCUACCUCGUGCGCAUGGACGGCAACGCCGACGCCGAGGGCAACUACACCCUCCUGGCGCGCCGGCCCAGCCCCGGCGACAGCCCCGGCGACGCGACCGAGUUCGGCCUCUACCCGGUGGGGGGCUUCCAGUACCUCGGCGAGGAGAGCUUCCCGACGGUGCGCCUCUCGGAGCAGCUCUGGUGGCCGUCGGGACAACCCCCCGUCGCCGAGCCGGCUUGCGGCUUCAGGGGCGAGCGCUGUAUCCGACAUACGGCGGAGAUCGCGGGCGGGGUGGCGGGCAGCGCGCUGCUGCUGCUGCUCAUCGCCGGGCUGGUGGUGUACCGCAACUGGCGCUACGAGCAGGAGCUGGACUCGCUGCUCUGGAAGGUGGACUUCCGGGAGAUCAAGAUGGCCGACCAGCAGCAGCAGCAGCAGCAGUCCAGCAGCAGCAACGGCACGGCCGCCAACGGCGCUGCCAACGGCACGGCGCACCUCCAGCACAACGGCCAGGCCGAGCGGCCCAAGGACGCGACCGACGGCCACCAGCCGCCGCACCGCACGUCCCAGGUGUCCCUGAGCUCCAACCCGGACGCCGACUUCCGCUACUCGUGCAUCUACACGACCGUGGGCGUGUACCGCGGCAGGGUGCUGGCCGUCAAGAAGCUGGGCAAGACGUCUAUCGACAUCACCCGCGCCAUCAAGAAGGAGCUGAAGCUGAUGAGGGACCUCCGCCACGAUAACCUGAACGCUUUCAUCGGCGCCUGCGUCGACCCGCCGAACGUGUGCAUCGUGACCGAGUACUGCACCCGGGGUAGCCUCAAGGACAUCUUGGAGAAUGAGGACGUUAAAUUGGACAAUAUGUUCAUCGCCUCCCUAGUCGGGGACAUACUACGGGGUAUGAUCUUUCUGCACGACUCGCCGCUGCGCUUCCACGGCAACCUCAAGUCGUCCAACUGCCUGGUGGACUCGCGCUGGGUUGUCAAGGUGGCGGACUUCGGUCUGCACGAGCUGAAGCGCGGCGCGGACGAGGCGGGCGGCGCCACGCUGCUGCAGCAGCUGCAGCUGCACCACCUGCACAGGGCCAACAACAACCUGGAGCAGGACGCGGUGGCCUGCAAGUGUGACGGCCUCCUCUACCAGGCCCCCGAGCUGCUGCGCGCCGCCCUGGCCGCCAUGUGGGCCCCGCCGGGCUCGCCCACCUUCACCUCGCCCAAGAUGGGCCUGCUGAGCGUGUCCAAGGCCGUGGCCAGGGACGCUGCCGCCGGCGUCGACCCCCGCGGCUCGCAGAAGGGCGACGUGUACGCGUUCGGCGUGGUGCUGUACGAGAUCCAGGGCCGGCACGGGCCGUACGGGGACUGCGCCCUGGCCGUGGACGAGGUGCUGCGGCGCGUGCUGCACCCGGAGCCCGGCCAGCCGCCCUACCGCCCGCCGCUGGACAGCCUGGAGAACAGCUUCGACUUCGUGCGCGAGUGCCUGCAGGAGUGCUGGGCCGAGGACCCGGAGCAGCGGCCGGACCUCAAGGCGGUGCGCGCCCGCCUGCGGCCCCUCAGGAAGGGCAUGAAGCCCAAUAUUUUCGACAACAUGAUCGCCAUGAUGGAGAAGUACGCCAACAACCUGGAGGCUCUAGUGGACGAGCGCACCGACCAGCUGCAGCAGGAGAAGCGAAAGACGGAGGCGCUGCUGUACGAGAUGCUGCCGCGGUGCGUGGCGGACCAGCUCAAGCGCGGCCUCAAGGUGCAGGCCGAGAGCUUCGACUCGGUCACCAUCUACUUCAGCGACAUCGUCGGCUUCACGGCCAUGUCGGCGCAGAGCACCCCGCUGCAGGUCGUCGACUUCCUCAACGACCUGUACACGUGCUUCGACUCCACCAUCGGCCACUUCGACGUGUACAAGGUGGAGACCAUCGGGGACGCGUACAUGGUGGUGUCUGGGCUGCCCGUGCGCAACGGCGACUCUCACGCGGCCGAGGUGGCCUCCAUGUCGCUGCAGCUGCUCGAGGCGGUCAAGACCUUCCGCAUCCGGCACCGGCCGGGCGACGCGCUGCAGCUGCGGAUCGGCAUUCACUCGGGCCCGGUGUGCGCCGGCGUGGUCGGGCUCAAGAUGCCGCGCUACUGCCUGUUCGGGGACACGGUCAACACGGCGUCGCGCAUGGAGUCCAACGGCAUGCCGCUCCGCAUCCACUGCUCCCCCGAGUGCGCGGCGCUGCUGCAGCGCAUCGGCGGCUACGAGCUGGCGGACCGGGGGCUGGUGCGCAUCAAGGGCAAGGGGGACGUGCGCACGUACUGGCUGCUGGGCGAGUCCGGGGAGCGGCGCGCCGGGCGGCAGGGCGGCGCCCGCGCCAACCCCGGCCACGGCCCCGGCCCUCGGCCAGCCUCCAGCCCGUGCGCCGUGCACGCCCCGGGCCCCGGGCCGCGCAGCUCGCUCAAGAAGGUGUGCCCGGCGUGCCCGCUGCCGCUGACCGUGCCGCUGCCCCUGGCCCUGGGCGGCCACCUGCCCAUGCACCUGCCCAUGGGUGGGCUGACGCGCUGCUCCAGCCUCGAGUCGCCCAAGAGGCUGCGCUUCGCGUCCUCCGGCACGCUGCACCAGUUCCACCAGCUGGACGCCAUCGCCGACCAUUCGGGUUCCCCCGGCCGGGUGUUCGUGGGCUCCGGGUCGCCGGGUUGUCCCGGAGGUGACGGCGGCGACCCCUCGUCGCUCAGCAUCAUCGUGGACCCCUCUCACCUCAGCGCCUCGUGCCCCGCCAUCGACCACCUACAGCUGCCGGCCACUGUCCCCUCCGCGCCCCCGCUCGCGGACCACCACGUGGUCGUCGAUCUAUUCCAGACACGGGCGCGAGUCCCCGCGCUGCUCUCCGCGGCCGUGGUGGCGUCGCGCUCCGUGCCGUCCCUGUUCCCGCCCCCCGGCCUGCCCUGCGGCGGGCGCGGGGCCAUCGCCGCCUCCAGGGGCGGUUUCUUCUCGGCGCUGUCCCCUGGGUCUCUCCUGGGCACGGCCAGCUCCGCGCCGACGUCGCCGGGCACCUCGCCGGGGGCGUCGCCGGGAACGUCCCCGGGGGCGGAGCACCGCGGCUGCCACCACCGCACCGCCGCGCUGGACCCGGCGCGGCAGCCGCUCCUGGGGCAGCACCUUGCCGCCUGGAGGCUGGCCGAGGAGCCCGAGACGGCGGUGUAACGAGCAGACACCUGUCAUGACCUCCCCCCCCCCCCCGCUACUACUACAAUACUGUAUCAUCUACAUGACCGCCUGAUGAUGUUCAAACAUAGUAUGUAUCCUGUUUAUUUAUUAUCGUAAUUAAUCAACAGCCGAGUCUAGGUAGUAACAGCGGGCGUGGUACUGUGCGAAGUCUUUUCGCCUCAAACAAUCUUUUUCACAAAAUCAUUUCCAUACGACGUUGAUAUUUUGGAUGACAAUCUACUCAGCAAUUCCAUAUUAGCUUAUAGCAUGUAGCACUGCCAUCUACCAAUGAUAUGAUCGUGUUUACUCUGACAAUAUGGUAGUACUUGAAAACACACAGAAUAUUUUUAUAUUUUAUAAAACAAUAUGAUCUCUAUGCUUCAUAGCAAUGUUACCUUACUUUAUGUAUGUAUUUUCCUAGUCAUGAAUAGAUGUGUAUAGUGAGUCAAUUUCUAUUGAUUGGAUGCAUUCCGUGAAUAAAAACU